CGGCUGCCGGGGCCGGUGCUUUCGCUUUUCGCCGCUCCCGGCACGGAGAGGCUGCAGGACAAGGAUGGGGCCGUCACCCUGUCACCCCUGACACACGGACCGGGCACAGCGAGCCUUCGGGAAGGACAUGGCGCAGACAGUGACACCAGAGGGGCCCCGUCCCUCCCACACGUACAAGGUGGUGCUGCUGGGCAGCAUGUCCGUGGGCAAGUCCAGCCUGGCCUACAGAUACGUGAAGAACGACUUCAGGGAGCUGCUGCCCACCGUGGGAUGCUCCUUCUUCACACAGAUCCUGGAGCUGGACGAGGCCACUGUCAAGUUUGAGAUCUGGGACACGGCGGGCCAGGAGAAGUACCAGAGUGUCUGUCACCUCUACUACAGGGAUGCCCACGCUGCCCUCCUCGUUUAUGACAUUGCCAACAAGCAAACAUUCAGCAGAGCAAAGCUGUGGCUGGAGGAGCUGGAGAAGAAAUUGCCUGAUGAAAUCGUGAUUGCUCUGGUGGGCAACAAGACAGACCUUGCUGCUGAGAGAGAGGUCACCACUGAGGAGGGGGAAGACUUUGCACGAACAAAAGGCCUCCUGUUCAUGGAGACAUCUGCAAAAUCCAACCACCAGGUGAAUGAUGUCUUCAUGGCCGUAGUCCAAGAGCUUCUGAGGAGGGAGAAAGAGAAGGCACCCAGGCCAUCUCCACCUGGGAGGUCGACCGUGGACCUGGGGGCGAGCGGGACAAGGACGAGGUGCUGCAGGAGCUGA